AUGGCAUUGAACGGAGACUGUCCAGUUCCCUUUCUACAAGAGUCUCUCUUUCCUUCCGUCGGGGGCUUUGUUGAUGGUCGGUAUUGCGAGAAUCUCUCUUAUGGCAACAAUACGUACGCAUGUUGCCUGCCCUGUCCACUGGCGGAGUGGAGAUAUGACACUGAGUUGAAUAAGAAAAUUGAUGUCGCCAGCUGGAUCAGUGUCGCCAUCCUUCCACUCUGUAUAUUCCUGCUGGCGUCCUACGCGGUGCUCCCGGUCAAAUGGACUCAUCGGCACUAUUUGAGUAUCUGCUUUACGCUGGGUAUCUGUUGCAUGGAGAUCGCCUUCAUCAUCCCCCUCGGCGCCAAACCAGAACAAUGCCACAAUGCCAUCACGCCCAAUGACAUGCACUCCGAUCUAUCAUGUGCCUUCUCCGGGUCAUUCUUGCUCUUCGGCGGAUGGAUGGUGGUGAUGUGGAGUUUCAUUCGCACCAUCGCCUUCCAUCUGCAAGUCUGCUGGGAGGUCGUCCUCGGCCCCAAGUUCAUGUGGGCAGCCUUCAUCUGCGGCUUCGGCAUUCCCGCCGUGGGCCUGACCGUGAUGCUCGUCCUCACGGGCGUCUCCUUCCGCUUCGGCGAGAUCUGCCAUAUCAACGUCACGCAUGCGCUGCAAGACUACUGGAUCCCCAUCAUGGUCUUCGCCGUCGCGGCGCUGUUCUUCCAACUCUCGACCAUGGCCUACUGUACCCACGUCUACCUCCGCUCUCUCUUCGACCGAUCCACCUCCACCACCAAUAGCUCCGGUCUUCCCUCGUACGACGGCAGCGUGCGCACCGUAACCGCCCGCCAGGCCUACCGCCGAAUCCGCCGCAUCCUCCAACUCCAAUGGCGCGGCGUGGCCCUCGUGAUAAUCAUCAUCGCCAACGUCAUCUACUUCGCCGUGGUCUUCAUCGAACUAGACAACGCAACAGCCCCAACCGCGCAAAACGUCAAAACCGCCACCCCCUGGCUCCUCUGCCUGGUAGAGAAAAAAGGCGACAAAGACGCCUGCCGCGCGGAAGCAGCAGCCAUCGGCCCCAACGAAGCCACCCUUCUCGCCGUAGUGAUCCUCCUCUCCCUCGUCGGCUUCUGGAACUUCAUCCUCUUCGCCCGACCCUCCAUGUUCGCCGGCUGGCUCGACCUCUUCAAGCGCGCCUCGCGCCACAACGAAUUCGUCUCCGCCGACGCGCACGCCCACUUCGCCGAUAACAAGGGCUUUGAGAUGCUCACAUCGUCCGUCAAGAGCCCGGAUACAUUUAUGCGCUCGCCCUCCCCCGUCGAGCACAACCACAUCCAGGAACACGAGCUGUCGGGCAGUCCGAUCGCCAGCCCUAGUCCGACGUUCGACCGCAGGGCCCAUUUCGGUCAGGAGGCCCGCUAUAUUCGUCCCUCUAUGAGCUUCUCCGGGCCUAGACCGCCUGAGAGUCCGACGCCUGGCCGCGAGUGGGAUCCUCAGGCGACUUUUGCCCCGGGGUAUGCUCGAGACUAA